GACAAACCGUUAACGCCAAGUUUUUCGUGGAAGUCCUCAAGAGACUCAAACGAACCGUCAAUCGGGUCCGACAAGAAAUCGCAGCUGAUUAGAAAUUGCACCACGACACCGCUUUUCUUGUGAACACCUACCUAACAAAGGCCGGUAUCCCAACACUUCUGCAGUCCAGAUGUGGCCGCCCGGACUUUUUUUGUUUCCUUGCUUGAAAAUAUCGAUGAAAGGCAAGAAUUUCGAGACGACAGAGGGGAUCCAAGUAGCAUGCACCUCGACUGUCAAGGCUUCUUCGAUGCUUGGAAAUCGCACUGGCAGCGCUGUAUCGACGCGGAACGAGCAUAUUUUGAAAGUUUUAAAAUAAUUGUAACGAUUUUUUUAGUAGUAGUUCUUAGUUCAUUUCUUAGUUCCUAGCAUCAUUUCAUGGUUUCUUGUGAAUUGCGAAUUUCGGGUUUCCCCAACUUGACGUCUAUUUUGCGUAAAGUUUUUCUACUCACAAGCAAGCUAAUAAUUUCUUCCCAUCUAAACAAGUUUUCAAAGCUAAGCAGUAAAUAAUUUGAAUAUUAAAUAGAGACUUCAGCCAAAGUCGAACCUGACUUACAGAACUAUACAAACGCAUCUCUUGCUUGCUACAUAUGUGCGACAGUUUGUAUGCCUAUAAGCGUAAAGUUUUGUUUUAGUAAAAACUGUGAAGUUGUGUGAAAACUGUGUUAAUUAAAUUUGGCUUUUAUUUAUAUUGUAUUACCUUUAAAGCAAUCACAAUGAUUUUGGAAAAGCCUGUUUUGCCUCGCAAGCUAAAUGCAUUGCCCCUGUCGGACAGGCUACACGCCAAUUGGCAAUAUUCUUUUGAUUGUCCAGGUCAGGCAAACAAACAGAGCCUGUCAAUCUUUCAUAUAGUAUUUUUCCAUUGAAGCUUUGGACUGUUAAAUAAGUGCUUAUGCUCUGUCAGAUACUCAUAUGCCAAGCGUUAACCCGAAUAAAGUUCGUCGACCCACAUAAUACUAAGCCUACAUAUACAUAUGUAUACUUGCACAUAUGAUGGAUUUUUUAUUUAAAUUAAGUUUAAUAACAUUUAUUAGUUCGUAAUCGUUCCAUAUCGAUCAAGUUCAAUGUUUAUGUGUCAGUGUGUAUGCUUGUGUGUAUGUAGGUCGAGGAAGUCAGCUAACCAGUAUAAAUGCCUCUGCGCGCGCGCCUUUCGUAGCCAGUGACUUCUAACCAUUCGAAGCGUGUGUAUGUGGGGUGCGCGUAACUUACGCAAACCCAAACGUGAAAGCACGAACUGUGUUUACUUUUAAUAAAAAAAAUAUUUAAAAUUUUUCGUAAAUUAAAAAACUGUGAUGUUUUCGGUUCCCCUGAUACUCGUGUUCAGUUCGCUUGUCGCAUUGCUCACCUAUUGCUACGCCAAGUACGCUCGUCUGUACGUCUUAGCCAGCCGUUUUAGCGGUCCACCGGCAUUGCCCAUCAUUGGCAAUGCGCUAACCUUCCUCAACAUCGAAGCGCAUGAGUUUGUAAGUCGCUGCUUAGAAUUGGGUGAUAAAUAUGGCAAGACGUUUCGUUUGUGGCUGGGUCCGCAGUUGAAUAUAAUCGUACACGAUCCGCACGAUGUCGAAGUUUUGCUCAGCUCAAAUAAGCUGGCGGUAAAAGCGGAUCAAUAUCGUUAUAUGAAAUGCUGGAUGCACGACGGUCUGCUGCUGUCGCGUGGUCGUAAAUAUCAACAGCGUCGUAAACUCGUGUCCCCGACAUUUCACUACAAGAUGCUGGACAAUUUUCUCAGUUGCUUUCAGGAGCAUUCCUUGGAGUUGGUGCAGCAAAUGAGGGGACUAUGCAUGGACGGUUCACCCUUUGAGUUGCGUCACUUUUUGGGCCUGUGCAUGUUGGAUACGAUUUGCGAUACGGCGAUGGGUGUGCAGCUACAGACGCAACGUAAUGCCAAUUCAGAAUACGUGAAGGCCUUAAACAGUCUCAUGGGCAUACUUCACCUACGCAUGUACGAUAUGAAAUAUUAUUUUGAUUUCAUCUUUCGUUACACAUCAAAAGCAAAAGAAGCCGAACGCGCCCUCGUUAUCAUAAACAGUUACGCGGAGAAGGUGAUCUUGCAACGACGGAAAGAGUUAACGCACACGUCGAAGCUCGAAACGGAAGGACCUUCCGUCGGUUUAAAACGCAAGCAAACCCUGCUGGACAUUUUACUGAACUCAACAGUCGACGGCAAGUCGCUAAGCAAUGUCGACAUACGCGAAGAGGUGCACACAUUCAUGUUCGCCGGUCACGAUACGCUGUCGUCGGCGCUAAUGUUCUUCUUUUACUGCAUAUGCAGAAAUCCCGAAUGGCAGCAAAAGUGCUACGAGGAGAUAUGCAGCGUGUUCGGUAUAGAAAUCGGCGCGGUAGCUAUGAGUCGCGAGCACUUGGAUCGGCUGUACUAUGUGGAUUUGUGCAUUAAGGAAACGCUGCGCAUGUAUCCACCGGUGGCGCUGAUCGGCCGCAAAGUCUUAGAAGAGACUAAAAUUAAUGAUCAUCUCAUACCUGCUGGCACAAAUAUUGGCUUCUCACCUUAUGUGUUUGGGCGUCAAUCGGAAGUUUUUGCCGAGCCAAACACAUUCAAACCGGAGCGUUUCGAGACGGUGGCGUGUGAAAAUAAUUCAAAGCUAAAUCCUUAUAUUUUCACCUCUUUUUCGGCGGGUCCACGUAGCUGUGUGGGCCAAAAAUACGCCAUACUGCAGAUGAAAGUGUCAAUUGUGAAUAUUUUAUUAAGUUUUGACUUGACGUUCGAGGGUGAUACGACUCACGAGCUCAAACUUUCAAACGAAUUGACCAUGCGUACGAAGGAUCCGCUAAUGUUCACGAUACGAGCACGUGACACAAAAAGUGUAAAUUAG